CCAGUCGCGUUGCUCCUCCUAGGAAGCAAGCGGCGGUGGCGACUCGGUGGAAAAAUAACGAAAGAAAGGCAGAGAGGAAGUAGAGAGAGAAGAGAGAAAAUGAAGUCAGCGCUGGGGGAGCCUGCAGGAGGGUGGCCGACAGUGGAGCAAGGUGGAUUUGGCUUCUUUUCCGCACCCCGGGCGUGAACGCCCUCUCCAACGCGACCCCAGGAAAUAAGUGGGUCUCGCCUGGGCAGAAAAGGAAAAGAAUUCAAGCGAGAGCGCGUCGCUCCUCUGUCACUGCUGCCCCCGAGGAACUCCGGCUGCUUCUCAGCCCGGCCGCCUCGCGGGGCCGGACGCAGUGCCCGAGGCGCCCUGCAGAUGGGGCGGGCAGGGAACGGGCGCUCCAGCCGCGGGUGACAGGGGCCGGCCCGCCCGCCUGCCUGCUCAGUGCAGUGACCGGGCGGGCAGAGGAUGCCAGGCGGAGGGACCUGGGAGCGGGAUCUGAGACUGCCGAGGGCGCGCUAGGCUCCAACUUGCAUGGCCUAGAGACCGCUCCAGCUCCUGGGACCGCUUCACCGAGUGGAGUGAAGCUGCGCGCGGGACCUGGAGGCGGAGACCUCAGGCAGCGGCUGCAGAGGGGCGAGCCAGGCGCAGGAGGGGGCGCGCUUUCUCCCUGCGGGUCUCAGUAAUGAGGAGACUGAGUUUGUGGUGGCUGCUGAGCAGGGUCUGUCUGCUGUUGCCGCCGCCCUGCGCACUGGUGCUGGCUGGGGUGCCCGGCUCCUCCUCGCACCCGCAGCCCUGCCAGAUCCUCAAGCGCAUCGGGCACGCGGUGAGGGUGGGCGCGGUGCACUUGCAGCCCUGGACCGCGGCCCCCCGCGCGGCCAGCCGCGCUCCGGACGGCAGCCGAGCAGCAACCCAGAGGGAUGAGCCGGAGCCAGGGACUAGGCGGCCCCCGGCGCCCUUGCCGGGCGCACGCUGGUUGGGGAGCACCCUGCAUGGCCGGGGGCCGCCGGGCUCCCGUAAGCCCGGGGAAGGCGCCAGGGCGGAGACCCUGUGGCCACGGGACGCCCUCCUAUUUGCCGUGGACAACCUGAACCGCGUGGAAGGGCUGCUACCCUACAACCUGUCUUUGGAAGUAGUGAUGGCCAUCGAAGCAGGCCUGGGCGAUCUGCCGCUUUUGCCCUUCUCCUCCCCUAGCUCGCCAUGGAGCAGUGACCCUUUCUCCUUCCUGCAAAGUGUGUGCCAUACCGUGGUGGUGCAAGGGGUGUCGGCGCUGCUCGCCUUCCCCCAGAGCCAGGGCGAAAUGAUGGAGCUCGACUUGGUCAGCUUAGUCCUGCACAUUCCAGUGAUCAGCAUCGUGCGCCACGAGUUUCCGCGGGAGAGUCAGAAUCCCCUUCACCUACAACUGAGUUUAGAAAAUUCAUUAAGUUCUGAUGCUGAUGUCACUGUCUCAAUCCUGACCAUGAACAACUGGUACAAUUUUAGCUUGUUGCUGUGCCAGGAAGACUGGAACAUCACUGACUUCCUCCUCCUUACCCAGAAUAAUUCCAAGUUCCACCUCGGUUCUAUCAUCAACAUCACCGCUAACCUCCCCUCCACCCAGGACCUCUUGAGCUUCCUACAGAUCCAGCUUGAGAGUAUUAAGAACAGCACACCCACAGUGGUGACGUUUGGCUGCGACAUGGAAAGUAUCCGGCGGAUUUUCGAAAUUACAACCCAGUUUGGGGUCAUGCCCCCUGAACUUCGUUGGGUGCUGGGAGAUUCCCAGAAUGUGGAGGAACUGAGGACAGAGGGUCUGCCCUUAGGGCUCAUUGCUCAUGGAAAAACAACACAGUCUGUCUUUGAGCACUACGUACAAGAUGCUAUGGAGCUGGUCGCAAGAGCUGUAGCCACAGCCACCAUGAUCCAGCCAGAACUUGCUCUCAUUCCCAGCACAAUGAACUGCAUGGAGGUGGAAACUACAAAUCUCACUUCAGGACAAUAUUUAUCAAGGUUUCUAGCCAAUACCACUUUCAGAGGCCUCAGUGGUUCCGUCAGAGUAAAAGGUUCCACCAUCGUCAGCUCAGAAAACAACUUUUUCAUCUGGAAUCUUCAACAUGACCCCAUGGGAAAGCCAAUGUGGACCCGCUUGGGCAGCUGGCAGGGGGGAAAGAUUGUCAUGGACUAUGGAAUAUGGCCAGAGCAGGCCCAGAGACACAAAACCCACUUCCAACAUCCAAGUAAGCUACACUUGAGAGUGGUUACCCUGAUUGAGCAUCCUUUUGUCUUCACAAGAGAGGUAGAUGCUGAAGGCUUGUGCCCUGCUGGCCAACUCUGUCUAGACCCCAUGACUAAUGACUCUUCCACAUUGGACAGCCUUUUUAGCAGCCUCCAUAGCAGUAAUGAUACAGUGCCCAUUAAAUUCAAGAAGUGCUGCUAUGGAUAUUGCAUUGAUCUGCUGGAAAAGAUAGCAGAAGACAUGAACUUUGACUUCGACCUCUAUAUUGUAGGGGAUGGAAAGUAUGGAGCCUGGAAAAAUGGGCACUGGACUGGGCUAGUGGGUGAUCUCCUGAAUGGGACUGCCCACAUGGCAGUCACUUCCUUUAGCAUCAAUACUGCACGGAGCCAGGUGAUAGAUUUCACCAGCCCUUUCUUCUCCACCAGCUUGGGCAUCUUAGUGAGGACCCGAGAUACAGCAGCUCCCAUUGGAGCCUUCAUGUGGCCACUCCACUGGACAAUGUGGCUGGGGAUUUUUGUGGCUCUGCACAUCACUGCCAUCUUCCUCACUCUAUAUGAAUGGAAGAGUCCAUUUGGUUUGACUCCCAAGGGGCGAAAUAGAAGUAAAGUCUUCUCCUUUUCUUCAGCCUUGAACGUCUGUUAUGCCCUCUUGUUUGGCAGAACGGUGGCCAUUAAACCUCCAAAAUGUUGGACUGGAAGGUUUCUAAUGAACCUUUGGGCCAUUUUCUGUAUGUUUUGCCUUUCCACAUACACGGCAAACUUGGCUGCUGUCAUGGUAGGUGAGAAGAUCUAUGAAGAGCUUUCUGGAAUACAUGACCCCAAGGUGCCUUCUGCCGUGAUUUUAAGUUUCCUGAGGCCUCCCCAGCCGUGCAGAACUUUACAUCAUCCCUCCCAAGGAUUCCGCUUUGGAACUGUCCGAGAAAGCAGUGCUGAAGAUUAUGUGAGACAAAGUUUCCCAGAGAUGCAUGAAUAUAUGAGAAGGUACAAUGUUCCAGCCACUCCUGAUGGCGUGGAGUAUCUGAAGAAUGAUCCAGAGAAACUAGACGCCUUCAUCAUGGACAAAGCCCUUCUGGAUUAUGAAGUGUCAAUAGAUGCUGACUGCAAACUUCUCACUGUGGGGAAGCCAUUUGCCAUAGAAGGAUACGGCAUUGGUCUCCCACCCAACUCUCCAUUGACCUCCAACAUAUCCGAGCUAAUCAGUCAAUACAAGUCACAUGGGUUUAUGGAUGUGCUCCAUGACAAGUGGUACAAGGUGGUUCCCUGUGGCAAGAGAAGUUUUGCUGUCACGGAGACUUUGCAAAUGGGCAUCAAACACUUCUCUGGACUCUUUGUGCUGCUGUGCAUUGGAUUUGGUCUGUCCAUCUUGACCACCAUUGGUGAGCACAUAGUAUACAGGCUGCUGCUACCACGAAUCAAAAACAAAUCCAAGCUGCAAUACUGGCUCCACACCAGCCAGAGAUUACACAGAGCAAUAAAUACAUCAUUUGUAGAGGAAAAGCAGCAGCAUUUCAAGACCAAACGUGUGGAAAAGAGGUCUAAUGUGGGACUCCGUCAGCUCACCGUAUGGAAUACUUCCAAUCUGAGUCAUGACAACCGACAAAAAUACAUCUUUAGUGAUGAGGAAGGACAAAACCAGCUGGGCAUCCGGAUCCACCAGGACAUCCCCCUCCUUCCAAGGAGAAGAGAGCUCCCUGCCUCGCUGACCACCAAUGGGAAAGCAGACUCCCUAAAUGUAUCUCGGAACUCAGUGAUGCAGGAACUCUCAGAGCUCGAGAAACAGAUUCAGGUGAUCCGUCAGGAGCUGCAGCUAGCUGUGAGCAGGAAAACGGAGCUGGAGGAGUAUCAAAGGACAAGUCGGACUUGUGAGUCCUAGGUGACCACACUGCUUCCCUUUCUCAGUUCCUGACCUUCCUCUGAGCCCUUGAGACACUUUGUAAUGCUCUUUUGUAACUAUCAACAAAGGUGUGGGGAAGCUGAGGUCUAGGUCUUCUUAGAGGUCAAGUCUGCUCUCCCUAGCCUAAAGUGCAACAGCAGCUCCUCUCAAGCUCACUCCCUAGGUCUCCAGGGUAGGAGUGUUUUUCUAGCAAGAAUCUUAGUCAGGAGUAAGCUCUGUGUGAGAGAUCUGUGAAUAACCAGAUAACCCCAGCUCCCAUUAACCUUUUCACCAGGUGCCACAGUAAUAUUUCUGGUUUUUAGCCCUUUCUCUGCACUAUCAACAAGAGAUAAAAUUGUUACUCAUACUUAUGUCUUACUGGGUUGUUGGUUUUCAUCGUAACACAGAACGAGGUUAUCUAGGGUUGUAGCUUUUGAUACAACUCCCUGAUCUAGAUUUAUUCCUACAUUCUGAAUGGGGAGCAGGUAAGAGCAGAGCACCUCCCGCUGGGGGUGGGGUACUUAAAAAUUAACUCAUUAGUAUCAUAAAGGUCAAGGACUGAUUGUACCAGGCAAGAGCCAUGUUUUUGAGACGGUUCUGGAUCUCUGACUCCAUCCUGACUGUUUAGUAAGAACAUGCUUACAUGCUACUGUGAAAGGGGGAGGGGAUGUGGUAAGCGGGAACAGAAGACAGCCAGCAGAGGCAUUAAAAAUGCAUACCAUGCUUUCAGAACAAAAGCUCUGGGCCAGAAAGGCAAUUUGGCUAAAAAAUGAAUAAGACUACUUCUAAUAUAACUAAGCAUCUCCACUAUGGUGUGUGCCUUUUAUAAAGGAAAAGAGAGAAAAAGGCAAAGCAAGGUUGUGGCCUUAGGUUGGACCUGGAAUAUCCCUGCUUAUUGCCUAUUAUGGAAUAUGUGACACUGUCGGUGAAAUGUUCUACACACCACACACUAGGCCAUUUUCAGAUCAGCAGUCACCCAUCGCUUAGCAUAGAAAUCCCAAAACCUCCAGCCUGGGAACACUACAAGCUUUGACCAUUCAGGAAUCUGCCCUGCGCUUUGCAUAUCUGUAUAGAAAAUCAAGUCAAUCCCCCAUCCUCACACCCACUCAUCUCUGAGGAGCUAUGAACUGGUUUUGGUCCCUCUAAUGAUCCUCCAGCCUCAUCUAAUGCCCCCCAAAGACUGAUACAAGUAACCGCCCCUCUGCUUAGGUGCCGCUUUCUCAGCAUAUCAUGUUUAGGCAGCAAGGGAAAGGAAUAUGGGUCAGUUCUCAAAUGUCAAGGCAGACAAGAGUCAUCUAGUAGAGAACUCAUCAGAGUGCGGAUUGCCAAGACCCUUCUCCAGAGAUUAUGGGGUUGGGGGUGGAGGUCUAGAGGUGAGCUCAGAAACCUACUGUUAACAACCCCCAAGUGACUGACACAGGUGGUCUAAAAAUUACUCUUCUAGAAACACCAUUCUGGAAGUUUGGCUGCCCACAAGCAGGAGGAGCAGCAUAAAGAGAAAACCUGUUUGAGAAGUUUUGUUUUGUUUUGUUUUUUAAUAACUUUAGCACACAUCUGCUGAUUCUCCUUCAACAUCCUCACCCCCACCCCUGGGCACCAUUUAGGACAAGACUUCCUUAUUUAUCAAUUACUUGAUUUAUCUUCUCAGGACUCAUUGUUCCACCCCCAACCAAUUUGAAUGCCUACAAUAAGUUCAGGAGCUGUGCCAAGCACUUUCCUCUUUUACAGCUGGAGAUCACUGGAAAGGUGUCUCAGUCACAAAACUUCUCCCUCUACUACUGGAUGAAAUGUCUGCAUUUCCACCAAAAUCCACCCAGUUGCCCAGGGAAUAACAACUUAAGCUGUAGUUAGAUAACACCUAGUGAUUAAUUGGCUGAGAAAAGCCUGGAGGGGAAGGAGGCUCCGAGAUACUGAUACGGAUGUGGGAGGGCUCUAAAGUUAGAGGUCACCAACUCCACAGAUGAAACAGUUCAAUAAUGAGGAAACAGGUGAGCCCUGAAAACACAAAAGGACAAUUCUGUGUUGAAACACCCCAUCCCCUCACGUUCUCACCCCAGGCCCAGAAGUAGGUUGCAACUGCCUUUGGAAAAUUUUGCCCCUUAGCCAUCCCCACCCACUUGUACCAGCUAAGAAUGCUGGAGACUCUGCCACCAUGCUCUGCGUGCCCCUGAACCUCUGUGCAGCCCAGAAGGCUGAUGUACAGGUGUACCUCAAUCCACAUUACAGCCAUGCUCCUAAUGUACAUUUUUGUAACUCAGCUCAUAUUCUGACUGUAUUUGAGAAGUUGGCUGUUUAAGGGAACCCAGAAGUGAAUUCUUUUGUAAAGUAAAGCACCCUUUUGUAAUGCAAUUAAUUAUCCCUUAAUGUAUCUGUUUUGUAAGUCUGAAUUUUUGUAUAUCGGGUUUACCUUAAGCUUCUCUAGUGAGGCAUUCUGAGCAGUGGUGAUCACAUGCCAGAUCGCCCUGCCUAUCCACAAAGUAGAUGACCAAUGCACGCUCCUCAAACAUCUUUGGAGGAACUACCUGGCCAAAACACUGGCCAGGAUGCAGCAAGCAGCAGCAGGGGCUGACAGCAGGCUUACUGCCAUCAACAUUGCUUGAAAUGCCUCUAUGUUCUGAAUAAAGAAAAACCAUAAUUGCUUGUGGUGAAACAAAGCAGUCUUCAUGUUAAGUAGCAAUGGUUAUUUUUAUUGGUAGUAAUUGAACAGUGUUUUGCAAUUUGUGAAACAGUGUAUUGUGUUUUGUAAAAUGAUGUCAUGAAAUGGUGGGUCCUUGGAAACCUCCUUUCUGUUCAGCUCCACCUCUGUUCUUUCAACUCCUUUCAGGCUCAAAAAAAACAAAGAUCAGAAGCCUUCAGAUAGAGGGUGGUAUUCUGGUAAAGAAGAAAGAGAUAAGGGAUGCUACCUUGCUUUUCUGGCACAGGAAGCACAUAGUAAAGCAUGCUCAGAUGGGCUGGAACAGAUACAGCUACCUGGUUCGUGUAAAUAAGAAUAAUAAAGGCCCCAGAGUGUGUAUGCUUCCAGGUGGAAGAGAAAGGGGAAUCUCCCAAAAUUUAAAAACAAAUUGGAAGAAUAACCAGGACAGCCAAGUGAGGCAGCCACAGGGAUCCAAGCAGUUGAGGUCUUUAAUGUGCCUGGAGAUGACUCUCCACUAUUCAUGAAUCUUGCUGUUGCACAAACCCUAUCAGGAGCUGCUGCUUCCCUUCCAGCCAGAGAAGUGGUAAGCGGAGCAAGUGCCCAGUAGAACAGACCUUAUCAUCUGGGUAACAGACUUCUCAGUGUUGGUGCUGUGUCUGUUAGAGCCUUAGAGCAAGUUAAGCUCUUCCUUGGUGUGGGUAAAGAAUAAAGGGGAAAGAAACUACUUUAGAGCCUCUUUUACUCUCAACUCAUAUUUUUGAUAGGAAAAACAGAAAACCCAUCCAGUUCUUCAGAAAUUGCUUCCUAGGCAUUAAUACUACUUUACUAUCUAUACUGUUCAGUUAUUCCUUUCUUUACCCACCUAAACUAUCCAUCUAAUCCAGGAUUCCCUCACUCUUUUUUUAGUUAGUUACUAAUCAUUUUAUGAAAAUAAUGUAUUUAUAAGUAUUUUCUUAAGGUUUGUGAAGAGUAUUUGCAUUGUGUCUUCAUUUUAAUGUGUUUGCAAUCGCUCCGCUCCAGGAAGAACGGAAAUGCUGUCUUGUGAGCAUGAAGUGAACGGGCUGUUUUGCUCCAGCCACUUUUCUUGUACAACCACAUGGAUGGAUUAGAUGUCCUCAGGUCUUUUCCAUCUUCAGUUUCUAUGACUGUGGAAUAAAUGUUCAGAUAGAAACUUCACUUUUGGAUGUACUGCUGGCUUUGUCUUUGGGGAUUCAAAUGUUGACAUGAUACCAGUUCCUUCCUAACAGGACACCCAUUAAUGCUAUGAUUUAUGCUUAUUUCCUUGCUAUAGUCCAAAGAAGAAACACAAGAUAUGCUGAGAAAACUCAGAGCUCAGGCAUCAUGAAGUAGAACCGAAAUGGCUUCAUCUGAGAUAGACAUUCUAGGAAAAAGCACAAGUCCAGAGGUCUCUAAAAUCCUGUACUGAUCACCCUCAUUAGUAAUUCGACAAACAUUUGCUAAACAGCUUCCAUGUACGUGCCAAGUGCUGGAGACACAAUAGUGAAGAAGAUAGGUAUGGUCCUUAACUUAUGACCUUUUUUUUUUUUUUUUUGAGAUGGAGUCUUGCUCUGUCGCCAGGCUGGAGUGCAGUGGCGUGAUCUCGGCUCACUGCAACCUCUGCCUCCCGGGUUCAAGUGAUUCUCCUGCCUCAGCCUCCCGAGUAACUGGGACUACAGGUGACUACCACCACGCCUGGCUAAUUUUUUGUAUUUUAGUAGACAUGGAGUUUCACCAUGUUGGCCAGGAUGGUAUCGAUCUCCUGACCUUGUGAUCCACCCACCUCAGCCUCCCAAAGUGUGAGGAUUUCAGGCAUAAGCCACCGUGCCCACCCUCAAUCUGACCUUUUUACAACCUAUAAACAGGUAAUACUAUAUAACAACUAACAUAUAUUGGGUACUUAUUAUAAGCCAUGAUCUCAUUUAAUCUUAACAACCCCACAAGAUAGGCACUAUAGAUGUAGCCUUAAGUAGGUAAAUGAGACCUCCAGUUUACAGAUAAAAAAAUAAGAGUCAGAGAAACUAUGUAACUUGCCCAAGGUUGCAGAACUAGUAAUAGUAACAGAGAUUAGUACAACCAUACAGGAUUCCGGUCACUGCCUCACAAUUUUCUAUUCUUCCUUGAAUCCCCUUUUAGUCUUUCUGCCUUAUUGCUUCUUUCCCAUGCCUUGGCCUGGCCCCUAGCUCCACAGAACAGAGAGGGAAGCGGAUAUUGUAACUGCACCUUCAUUGGUCCAUUUAACUCAACACUGUAAUACCUAUGUCUCAUAAAAAUAGCAUUUCAGCAUCUUUUCUUUCUGCUUUCUAGCCCAACCAAGAACUGAUGCAAACACAGUUACAAAUCAGCAGCAGCCCUGCAGUCCCAGACAUACUGGCAGUUUCUGAUAACCCAAGCAGUUUUAGCUGCAGGCAAAUUUGCCUUCAUGAAUCUGCUAGCCUGUUGCCUUCUUCACACACAUUUUUUCUGAAUAGAAACAAUCAAAUCUCAUGAAAAUGUAAAUCCACUAUAACUUAAUUCAACUACCUACUUACCUAAGGAUGUUUUUGCAUUACUCAAUCAUUCAUAUUUUGGAUGCCUAUUUGUACCCAGGCAUUGGGGCCAGUUGCUGGAAAUAGACAGAUAAAAAGAGCAGAUUCUGAUCCCAUAGAGCUCAGUGUAAUGAAAGGACACAAACUGACAUUUUAUGGUGUGUACUCUAAUAAGGAAAUGCACAUCGGGUACUAUUGGAGCGAAGAAAACACUGUGUUAUGUGUGCAUGUGGGUGUAGGUGUGUGAGGUGAAGAGACUCGGUGGAGGGUAACAGGCAACUAAAGUAAAAGAAAGCAUGUACGAAAUUCCAGAUUUGGGAAACCAUGGCAAUCAAGAAACUGGGACCUUCGAAUCAUUUAAUAUAACAGAAACACACAGCUUAAGGUGGAUGACAAACUAUACGAACUGGAAAGAGAAAAGCAGAGGCAAGAUCACUUGUGCUAAAUUGUGUCCUGAAGACUACAGAAACCACCAAAGGAUUUUAAGCUGAAGAGACAACUAGUAAAAGAACAGGAUCCUCACCACUAGGUGGAGCUGGAUGUCACUCACAUGCAUUUUAGUUGUAGGACAGUGAACAGAUAAAGUUAACUUUUUGAAGUUUUGGAAUGAGUUGGCCAUGACAUCAUUUACCAGGACAGGCAGACUAGAGAUAGACAGACAUGGAUAAACAUGUGUCUUAGAUUUCAGGGAGGAUGUCAGUGUUUUGUUUUGUUUUUUUCCCUAGAAAUAAGAAGAAAAUGUAGGUAGAAACAAAAGUUGAUCUAUCGAUUUCUUUAUUUGCUCAACAAUUAUAAAAGUUAGCAUUUGCUGAGCAUUUACUAGGUGCCAGGCGCUGUGCUGAAUGUCUCCUGUACAAUGAUUCAUUUCAUCCUCCAUACAAUCCUAUGAUGUAGUUAUUAUUUUAUAGAUGAAGAAACUGAAGCAUAGAGACAUGAAUUAACUUGCUAAUAAGUAGCAGCGCCAUACCCAGGCAAGUCGGACUUCAUGAGAAAUAUAUUUAACACAAUGCCUGGAAUCACAAUAAGCACUCAGCAAAUGCAUAUGAUUGGGACAGCAGGAAGAAAUCUAAGAUCCCUUGAUUCAAUUCUACUCUACAACAAGGUGCUAAAGGAACUCAGUGAAUUCAGAAACAAAAUGUGGUUCUAAUCCAGGGCCUGGCAAAGAGUCUAGUUAGAUUAGAAUGAUCAAGGAUAAGUAUAGUGGGUAUAUAUAAGUCUUUAGAAGACUUCAAAAUGACUCAGAAAGUAUUUUCACUUAUUAUCUACCUGAUGACAUGUACUCUAUUAGUACAGGUCUCCAAUUGGGAUAAAAGAACAAUGGAGGUCUCAUAGUAGCAUUUCAAUCCUGUGGCUAACCUGAGUGGCCCUGGAAGCUAUUUCCUCACUUCUAAAAUAAGGACAUGGUCUGAGUUCCCUUUCAGCUCUAAUAUCCUCAGAGCAUAUUAUUAUUUUAUUAAUGUGAAUAUAGCUUCCCUCAAAAAAAAAAAAAAAAAAGGUUAACUUACAAUAAAUGAAGCCUUUCUGCAGGUUUCCGUAGUGUAGUGGUUAUCAUGUGUGCCUUGCAGUAAGUGAAGUCUCAGCUAUCAUGGGCUGCCACUACAGAAGUGCUAGUUUUAGAAUUCAUAACAAUUCCUUUUAUUACCACAAAAUAAAUUAAAACUGUAGUUAUAUAUUUUCGGAUAAUACAAAUUUGAAGGGUUACUUCAAUAUAUGCGGAAAGAUUGUUUCUUCUUAGGAGGUGAAAAAAAGAAAGAGUAAUAAGGUUUGAAUCACACACUGGCACAGUAAAGCAGACUUCGGAAGAUCUGGCAGCAGAACCAUGAAGCAGAAUUAACUUAAUCACGAAAAACUUUACUGACUACUAUGUGCCUCUGCUAGAUAUUAGGGAUUAGACUGUUAAGACAUAGAAGUAGGCUAUAAAUAAGACCUUAAUAGCUAACAUUUGGAACAGACCAAACAUGGGCAGGAAUCCCAGAAGGUAAAGCUCAUUCUUUCUGAUAGGACAACUUUUAAGUAUUUCCAAACUUUAAGAUCUAGAAAAUUUGUAAGUAUUUCUAUGCCACGGGUUUCCUAUUGUGCAAACCCAAUCUAACCUACAUAUAAUCCACCAUUUUUCUACUAAUCUCAGUGUAUCUGUCUUAUCAUCAGUAAAGCAGACUUCUGCAAUAAUGACUAAUCAAAACUUUUCUGCAGAUCCACUGGGACAUGGGUUUAUCUGGCAGUCCUCAGAUAAAUCUUCAAAGAACAAUAUGUAAAGGCAUUCCACAUCCUAGCAAAUGACAAUGGGAAUAAAGAUGAGAGCAGCAUAUGCUUCCAGCAAGUGUAAGCAUCACCAUCCUAGUAGGUUUAGAAGACUGAUGAUUAUUUAUUGUCUAGAAUCUUCACAAAAUCAAAUCACAGUCAUCACUCUAGUGGCAUGUACAUUAAACUAUGUGCAUCAAAUUCCGGCCGUUGAAGAACAAGGAAGCCUACGGAUCUGGACAGAGAAAAAGGAAAAGGAAUUGCAAUGGAAAUUCAUGUAAGAAAACAAUUGCAGAAACAGCUUAAUACCUUUGAAAAAGAUCCCUAUAGUAAGUAAGAAGAUAAGAUCCAAGCCAUGUAGUUAUGCAUGCCUCAGAGCACACCUGACUUUGGUCAAAAUCACUAAGAAAUUUCCAAGGUAACAAUGAAAGAAAGAAAAAAGGGAGAGACCAUCCCUACAAAAUCUGAAAUGGUUUUUGUUUGUUUUUGAGACAGGGUCUACUGUGUCACCCAGGCUGGAGUGCAUGGCAUAAUCACAGCUCACAGCAGCCUUAACCUCCAGUGCUCAAGCUAUACUCCCGCUGCAGUCUCCCAAGUAGCUGGGACUACAGGUGUGCACCACCACAGCCAGCUAAUUUUUGAAAUUUUCUGUAGAGACGGGGUCUCCCUAUGUUGCCUGGGCUGGUCUCAAACUCCUGGGCUCAAGCGAUCCUCCUGUCUCAGCCUCCCAAACUGCUGGGAUUAUAGGCAUGAGCCAUUGCACCCAGCCUGAAGUGUUUUUAAGAAAUGAGAAGCCUCUAGGAUGUCUACAAUAAUCUUUGAAAUUGGCAUUUAUAAGCACUACCUUAAAGAAAUUACCCUUUAAAGUUCAUAUGGAUCAAGGGCUGUGAUUGCUAACUAGGAUCCAAAAAAGCUACGAAUAAUGUACAUACAAUACAAAUAAAAUUUGGUAUGCAGUUUGGGAGUAUUCCUAAAGUGCAUUCAUUGACCUCUUCUGUAGUGAGAGAAGCCAACUGCCAAAAAAUCACCAUCAUUUUUGGUUGUUAUCUGAAAAUGACCUUGAGAGCUCAAUUUGUAUUGCCGGGACCUCAAGUCGGUUGGGAUCAGGGGCUCCCUGCUCAUCUCAACUAGAGGAACUUCCUCUAAAACCAACUUCCCAUGGGGCCAGUGGUUUCCUCCACAACAUUCCACAGGCCCUAUGGUCCCCUGGUGCUGGGCAGCUGGCUUUCUCAGCCAAUUGUCACAAACAGCCAACAGCCAAGCCCAAACCACCUGUUGACCAAGCAGUAUAUCUGCACCCAACCAACAAAGUUAUGCUCAAGCUUACCCUAUAAGAAGAGCAAGAAGCAAGGGGAAAGUGUCCUAUUACUAAAUGAAAACUCACUGUGUCCAGAAGCAGGAGCUAAUCCUGUCAUGAUGGCUCUGUCGGGGUGGGGAUGUUUGCUGAGCAGGGGGAUCAAGGGACCCACGACCUCUCUUGAUGACCUAGUAAGAUUCUACAAUUAGACUCAUUGCUUAAUUCAUACCACAUGACUUUGUGGAAUUCAGUGCAAAUCCUGUUGAUUAUAGCUGGUGACCACAAAAAGACACAGAAUUUGCUCUUACCUGUCUUCUAGGACAGGUGGUGAUCAAGAAGGAUCCAUUUUACACAACCCCUUGCCAGAGAUUUAUAAAACCUCUGGUUUGCUGGUUACUAUAACACAUAAUGCAGCUGGGCAUGGGGGCUCACACCUGUAAUCAAAACACUUUGGGAGGCCAAGGAAGGCGGAUCACCUGAAGUCAGGAGUUUGAGAUCAGCCUGGCCAACAUGGUAAAACCCCAUCUCUGCUAAAAAUAUAAAAAUUAGCUGGACAUGGUGGUGGGCACCUGUAAUCCCAGCUACUCGGGAGGCUGAGGCAGGAGAAUUGCUUGGACCCAGGAGGCGGAGGUGGCAGUAAGCCAAGAUUGUGUCACUGCACUCCAGCCUGGGCAACAAGAGCAAAACUCCAUCUCAAAAAACAACAACAAAAAAAACCCACCACCACAUGAUGCAAGAACUCUUACCCUAAAGCUAGAGGCAGCAAUAUGCUCCCCCAAAAAACAAACUAUAGUCUCUUACCCCACAUAAUGAACUAUGAAAGAUAACUGAGUAGUCAAAUAAAUUAACCUUUUAGGCAUAAUUUCUCCAUAGAAUAGACUCAAUAAAAGAAUUGGGAGAAAAGUGCUUCAAUUAAGCAAAGAUCUAAAUACUUUAAACAAGGCCAACUGCUUAACCUAAGUUGAUUACUUCCAUGCAAGACAAUUUAAUUCUAUAACUGCAGAUAUAAAAUCAACUCGUAAUAAUAAAGACAAAAGUUUCAAAGAAAAACCAUAAACACAAAUGCAAACUGAAUCCUGCUUUAAUUCAAGCAUGUGGAGAACAAAGUCCUACAGAAACAUUCCACAGAAUUUUCUGGAAAAGAGGGAUCACAACAACCCCUGUAAAAAGGAACCGACAGUAAUUCAUAGCUCACCAAGUUCUCUCCGUAUCAAAUUCCCAGAAUACCCACAAGAUUUCUUCACCAGCUCAGUCCUGACACACCCUCUUCAAUCUUUAUUUCAUUAGAAGACAAAGGGUCAUAUUAUUUAAAAUUAUUCUAGUCUCAAGAAAUUUAAAGACUU